AUGUCGUCAAACACAGCACAGUCAUUCCAUGCCCAGCUGUCCAGCUUUCGAUGGGCAAACUCGGUGCAGGAUGACUCGGGCCCCGCAGCAGCAGCAGCUCCGUCCGCCGGCGCAUCCAACCCGUUCAACCGUGCGUGGACCAGCGUCAGCGGCUACAUUCCCCUUCGUGGUGAGGGAGCAAGCAGGGAGGAGGAGGCGUACUUUGCCCUUUCGCGUUGGGAGCGCUUCCUGGGGUUCAUUGCAUGCGUCGUGGGCGGUAUGGCAUGCUUUGGCAUUGCCUUCCUCUUCCUGCCGAUCCUGGCAUUGAAGCCAAGGAAAUUUGCCCUGGCGUUCACUCUGGGCUCUUGUCUCUUCAUGUUGGGCUUUGCGAUCCUCCACGGUCCCAUGAACCACCUCAAGCACAUCAUCUCGGCUGAGCGUCUUCCCUUCUCGGCGGCGUACUUUGGCUCCCUGGGCCUGACUCUGGUCUUUGCCAUCUACCUUCGCUCCACCAUCGGAACGCUGGUCGCGGCCAUCGUCCAGGUCGUUGCCCUCCUCACAUAUCUUGCCGCCUACUUCCCCGGAGGCACCACCUCUCUUAGGUUUGGCGGUCAGAUGGCGCUGCGUGGAGCGUCAAGCCUCCUCCCCAUCUAA